UCUAAUUUGCGUUAAACAUCAUAUAAGAACAUUUAUUAAGCAGUGUUGGUGUGGCAGUUUUGCGCGAGCCCUGCUCUUGAUUGAAAUUGAUAGGUUUGCGUUAUUUGAAAAGCCAUUUCAUUCCGGGGCUAAUGGGCUCAAGUAGACAGGAUAAGGCAGACUAUAAUUUGAAAUUUUAAAUAUAUAUAUGAUAUAUUUCUGUCCUACAUGUUCAUUGCAUUUAUGUUGGUCUUAUUACUUCCCUUAACCCGUAUAUACUUUGGGAGCUAUGCUGAGAGGGGAGUACAAGAGUUUGUCCUUCAGGCACUGUGGACAAAAGUGAACUGUAUGUAUCUGUAUGGAACUCGGUGCAGGCGGUUGUGGCUCCUGUCGCCGUAGACAGGACAGACGCAACACGGAUUCACUUUAUCGUCUGCUGUUAGAGAUAAUUUUCUAAACGGAAACCAGCUGUCGGGCUUCAGCGACAAGCAAUUGUUUGGGUGUUCUGGGAUAUUAUCACCUUCAUUAACUACCGCACCCUCCUUGUUCGUAAAUCCGACAGACUCAUUUCGGAGUUCGCUCCACCGUGAAGCCAGCCGCACCACAUGCCUUCAAUGCUUUCGGUUGUUGCGAGCUUUGUUUUGUCUCUUCGAGAAACCGGAGUGAAUGGGAUAACUCAUAUCGAGUUCAGAAGAACGAACGUCUGACAAUCAGCAUUUUUUUGUAAUGGUAUUAGUAUGAGAACAAGAUUAGCACUGUCCGAAGAUGACUUAUUUUCUUCCUAUUUCCCGUGAUUUUUAACCUCUCCGCUGCAGCCAGUCUGCCUUUGGACUUUUCUUUUAUUGUUGAAUAUGCUUCUGGUGAAAGUUUUGGGUUAUCCAACGAAGAGACUGCUCUACGGCUUUCAGUGCACUGUACAAUAGAUGCGUGCGGAAAGUGGAAGCAGUGUAACUCGAGGCGGGGUUAAAGUUCAGCUCUAUGGGGUGGUGAAGCGUUGGUUGCAGUUCGCAGAGUUGGAAAUGUGAAAGCAAGAAGCAGGCUUUAUUUUUUCCCUCUCUCUCCCUUCUGUCUCUCCUUUUUUUCUUUCUUUUCAAAACACGGACACAGCCAUCACGGACACAGCCAUCACGGACACAGCCAUCACGCAUACACGGGCAAACACGGACACACACCCACACAUAAUUCACACAUACACACACACUCACUCACACACCAUCACACACAUAAACACGCAGACCCGUUCGUGUAACCCAAACACACACACAUACAUACACCCUCCACAUCCAAGAUUAGAUACAACAGAUAUGUAUUCUCCGCUAUGCCUAACACAGGAUGAAUUCCAUCCUUUCAUCGAAGCUCUGCUGCCCCACGUGCGAGCGUUUGCCUACACAUGGUUCAACCUGCAGGCCCGCAAGAGAAAGUACUUCAAGAAGCACGAGAAGCGCAUGUCUAAGGAAGAGGAGCGCGCGGUGAAGGACGAGCUGCUCAGCGAGAAGCCCGAGGUCAAGCAGAAGUGGGCAUCACGCCUUCUGGCCAAGCUCCGCAAGGACAUCCGGCCUGAGUUCCGGGAGGAUUUUGUGCUCACCGUCACCGGGAAGAAGCCCCCGUGCUGCGUGCUGUCCAACCCUGACCAGAAGGGUAAGAUGAGGAGGAUCGACUGCCUGCGUCAGGCAGACAAAGUCUGGAGGUUGGACCUGGUCAUGGUCAUUUUAUUCAAAGGUAUUCCCCUCGAAAGUACUGAUGGCGAAAGGCUGGUAAAGUCCCCACAGUGCUCGAACCCAGGGCUGUGUGUGCAGCCUCAUCACAUUGGAGUUUCUGUGAAGGAGCUUGACCUCUACUUGGCCUACUUUGUGCACGCAGAUGGCCAGUCAGACAGUCCCAACCAGCAGAGUGAGUCUGACAUCAAGGACCAGCCUGAGAACGGACAUCUUGGCUUCCAGGACAGCUUCGUCACAUCGGGGGUCUUCAGUGUCGCUGAACUCGUGCGAGUCUCACAGACCCCAAUCGCAGCGGGGACGGGUCCUAACUUCUCGCUGGCGGACUUGGACAGCUCCUCCUACUACAGCAUGAGCCCCGGGGCCAUGAGGAGACCCUUACCAAGCACCUCCUCCAGCAGCUCGGCCAAGAGAAUCAAGUGUAUGGAGGAUGAGGUGGACAGUCCAGGAGAGGAGUCCUACUACCCGGGCCAGGGUCGCUCCCCGGGCAGCGGCAGCCAGGCCAGCAGCUGGCACGAAGUGGAACCAGCUGGAUAUAAACUGCGUGGCUCGCUAGCUAGUUCGUUCAUCUCAAGACAAGCGAGUCCCCACGCCACGCCGUCGAGCCUCCACUUCCCCACGUCGCCCAUCAUCCAGCAGCCCGGCUCCUACUUCUCCCACCCGGCCAUCCGUUACCACCCCCAGGAGAGCCUCAAGGAGUUCGUCCAACUUGUCUGCCCCGACUCUGGCCAGCAGGGAGGACAGGUGGGCUUCCUUAACAAGUAUGCAGAAAUACCAUGGGGGAAAUACUGUACAAGUGGUCGAAGAGAGAGCACUGCAGUGGAGCCCAACGGAAGCAGUCAGGGGAAGGUCCACAACCCAUUCCUGCCCACCCCCAUGCUGCCCCCUCCACCCCCGCCCCCUAUGGCACGGCCCGUACCCCUGCCUGUGCCAGACUCCAAACCACCAUCCACCUCCACCGAGGGAGGGGGCAACUCCCCCACCUCGCCAACCUACUCCACACCGAGCACGUCCCCAGCCCAGCGCUUCGUCAGUGUGGGCCCCCGAGACCCCAGCUUUGUAAAUAUCCCUCAGCAGCCCCAGUGGUACCUGGGAUAAGGACUCCAGACCCCCUCGCCGCCCGCUGGACAGAUCGCUGGACCCCUACUUUCUCCCCUGAGUGCGACCCGACCUGAACCGACCAACACCCCGCAAACGUGCCCACGUCUGACAGAGAGAAGCCCAACACCCUGCCCCCCCCAAAUCUGUCACUGUCUCCUCAUCCCCAGCGCCUAAGAGACUAGAGCAUCAGCAUGGCUACAACAACACCCCCCCCCCAGAAAACAAGAGGAGAGCUACUCACUGCUAGAUACACUAUAUAUCUAUAUAGCCCAUAUAUAUCCCCCAUUCAUGGUUGGUUUAUAUGCCUAUAUUCAUAUAUAGUACCAGUCACCUCAACUGUUUAUUGGAAGAGAGCUAGCAGCCUAUAUAUCCUGGGAAAGUGCACGUCGUCUUGUUCCUUUUCUUUCUUCUCGUCCACCCCACUUUGCCACGGAGGGGGCAUAAUCAUGUGACUAAAUCAAAGAGCUUCCCUAUACCUUUCGUCGUCGUAGCCGAACUUUGAAGAGGGUCCGGCGGGCGAGAAAGGGACAGAGAGCUAUGCGUCCCGUGUACGUGUAUGUGCCGAAACGAGGGGAAGAUCAAAGCUCUUGUUUCCUCUCCAUCUUUGCCCCCUUUCCCCCUCUCUCUGGUUGUUUCCGGACUCUGUUGAGUUUGUUGGGGGUUAUUGCCCCUGGUUGGGUGGCUCGCGGAUGUGGAGGUUUUAGCUGGGUCGGAUACCAACCAGUUAAUACCCCCCCCCCCCCCCACCACCACCACCACCACCGCCCCGCCAUCUAUCCACACCCCACCCUAUCUCACACUCAACCCUGAGGAGGGACUCUCCCCCCACAGCCAUACCAAGAGGCUGAAGGCCUUCACCCGGCCACAUGGCUUUUCCAGGGACAUCUAGCAGUGCAAAUGGAACCCCAUGCAGAGGAGAGCAACCUACCAACCAUCACACCGUGAACUCAUAGGGCAGGGGAACGACGGAGGGGAUGGGGUAUUGAUGUUUAAUAUCGGUCAAUCGGGUGACAUAUUGAAGCUGGUAAAUAGGCUGCAACGAGAAGAGAAGUAUUUCAACGAGAGGCUUGUGAGAAAAUAACUUCUGUCUGGGAGGCUUGUUCAUGUUUCAUUUUUUGUAUAAAGGUAAUUUCAGUUCUUUCCGAUCAACCCACAAACUAACGGUCUGUACGAUGCUAUACAAUGCAAAGGGCAGGUAGAAGGUCUGUAAUUCUACUAACUGACUAGACAGGAGACAUCCGUGACUUACGUGAACAGUGGAAUAUUGAAUUGAGGAAAGUGCAAUUUCGUUGGAUAGCGGUUGGAUAGUUAAAUGUCUUUGUAAGAUAGGUCGUUGAAACAAUUGGUGAAAAGUAUAUAUAUUUUUCUUCCUAGUCCUUUCACACCUCCGGGACUCUAAAAUAUCGGGGUACAAAAAAAAACGUCAAUUAGAACGAUAGCCUUGUGAGAAAAUAAGGGGAGCUGUAUUUUUUGUUUGUUCAUCUUGUAAAUUUGUUUGUAUUGUAGAACAAAAAAUCCCUUUAAGAAAUAUAAUUUUAAAGCAUCUCUUGCAGCUUUUGACUGCGAUUCAUUUUUUAUUUUUUUUAUGCAAAAUGAUUAACUUAUUUUAAGAAAGCACAUGAUUUUAAAUAAAGAAUUAGCGGCUUAAAUUCUCAUGAGGCAAAAUCCGGAACAACUUUGUUGUAAAAAUUAUAUUAUAUGGGCGUCCAAGUUCUGGUUUGAUUGGCUAGACCUUCUCUAAGCCUUGUCCAAUCGGAAGCACUUAUUCCUGCAGUUGGCUUAUGGGCUGGGGGUGGAAGUUCAGUGAGAAAGAGAAAAAGCAGAGGGACCCUCUGUGAGCAUUUGUGUUGCGAACACAUUGAUAUCUACAUGAAGGCAAGAUCGCAACCAGACGGCGAAGCUUUUCAGUUGCUUCGCAUGCAAAUUACCAUUUUAUUAAAGUUUUGUUUUUGUUUUUGUUUCCUAUACUAUACAUACUAUAUAUAUACACUCUUAUGACCGACUCAUCCACUGUCGAUCAAAAACGUAUUAAAACUAUUUAAAAAAUCAACAAAAAAAAUCUGCAUGUUCUAGUGUUAGUGACAAAUUUUUACAUAGAUUAUGUAGAGUUAGUGAAUAAAGACACUAUUGUAAUCCCAACAUCAGGCACUUGCCAAUAGUCUAUAUUUGUUUGGCCCCUCGAGGCUUUUUUUUUUACUGCUGUCCUUCACAAUCAACCAGCUGAACGUCUUUAAGACUCUUAUUCGCUUCUCAUCAUUUCGGAGUCGUUUUUCCUAUUUCGUUCCCUCUUGAACUGAUCAGUUCUCGUUUCUUCUUAAAGUAUAUAUAUUUUGUUUGUAUGUUCUCAAAUUGCACGAAACAAUUGUUCCUCAUCAAUGUGCCUUGAGCGAUGGUCUAGUCCCGAGUUGUUGCACAAUGUUCCAAUGUGGAGAGUUACAUUUUUUCCCCCCCUUUGGAUUUAUUAGUUUCAUCCCCCACCUCCCAUUGUGUAGGAGUGAUCACAGUUGUAAUACUGAUAAGGAACAUGAAAUAUAAUGAAAUUGCUGGUUAUAAUAUGCAGUAUUACAUCUGCUAUUGGAAGACCUCUCAGGCCCGUAUACAACAGUGCUUUUUCUCUCUAUGAUGCAACAUCGAAGUGCUGUGUGAGUACAGGAACUGACAUACUAUCUCUGUCUUGUACUGCUGUUAAACGAGGCCAGAGUCAAUCACCCUGAUAGGGCCCCAUUUUUAGUAGUUCAGUGAGUAGGAAUAGAGCUCUUAGCUUUGUAUCUUGUAGAUAGUUUAGUUAACCCCUGAGCCGCCCCCUACUUGAAACCCAUUUGUUUGAGAAUGUUGAGAAUACUAGUCUAUUGAUAUUUAUGGAUGUUGCAGACAUUUCUAAAUGGAAACGACCUUUUGUUUUGGAGUCUUCCUGUUUUUUUGUUUUCCGUCUUUUUUUCUCCCAGAAGUGAAUAAUGAGAAAGAUAUAUGCAAUACCUGCUUGCACUCAUGUAGACAUACACUAGUCAUUGUAUUUAGUCGUUUUUUUGGGGUGAUCUUUUUAAUUUUAUUUUUUAUAAAGUUAGCCUGCACUUGACUGGCUGCAUGGUUGGGGGUCGGUCCAUUUGGCAGACUCACUCAUGGAGAACAAAGGUUUCGGAAAGCCUAGUCAGCCUCGCUCGGGUACUUGACUUUAUUUGUAUUCGACACGUACAAGAUGACCGCAAAAUAUAGUAGGGUUCUCCUUUUUGUAUAUUCUUGGUCACAAGCAAGCCUUUCAACAAGUCAAACUUCCUCUCCAUCACAAAAUCCACAUUUUCGACAGACUAAGAAAUAUGACGUCCAACAAGAACAAAACUCCCACUUUCUAUACCCUUUACUUCAAACGGACUUCCAAAUUGCAUAUAUAUGAAUUGUUUAUCUGUCUAUUACAUAUAUCAUUUUUAAAUAACGACGGUUUGAGUAUUGGGAAGCCUUUCCCAAGGUGUCCAACGUGAUGGUUUAGUAGUAACACUUGCGUGGGUUGUGUGUUUCAUUUAGUAGGACCGUUUUUGUUUUGUCUUUGUUCUUGCCUACCCUUUAGCGAUGAGUUGGGCAUUACUUUCUUAAUUAUCUGCACUAAAAUAUGAAAUAAAUGACAAUAGUGAGAAUUAUUGAAAAACUGCUUCCAGGGCUUUAAAAGAGCGAAGGGAAGAAAAAAAAACAAUUGCACGGACAUUUUUGUCACAAAACCUUGUUGUGGACAGCCUAGCAUCUAAUCAGCAAGAUUUGGCUGUGUGUAAAAUACGACAAAAUUGCACCCUUUUUAAAGAAAGAAAGAAAAAAAGAAAGACUAAAAGCAAUAGUUUGGGCAGUCUGUUUUUGUUCUUGUGUUGUGUGUGUCGUUUAGUUAUGGGUACAGAAGUGGAGGAAAGAUGUGGUGAUGAUGAGAAAGAGAGAGAGAGAAAAAAGCUAUAGAGCAAGCAAGGGCCGAAAGGCCUGACUGGGAGACGUGUUGUUUGUAUGUUGUAUAGUUUUAUUAAUUACACUGAUUUUAAAGCUGCCCUAUUUUAUAAUGCAGGACUUUUGUAACAUUAAUUAAAUGAGGAAAAAACUAGUGUUGUGAAUUAUCUGAUUGUUUGUAUUAAGGCCACAUUAAUAGAACUGGUUUUGUUUGUUCCAUGGGAACUGGAUUUAAGUUGAAAACUUUCCUGUUUCCUGUUUCCUUAUCUUUUUCUUUUUUUUCUUUCCUUUUUGUAUGUAUUUAAGGACUUGUUCUUCUUUUGAUGGUAUAGCGUAUUCCUAUACUUAAAAAGUAUAGGGUAUUGAGGUGAAAAGCCCAUUGUAAAUGGAUGUUACAGUAUGCUAUAUGUUGAAGGUUAUUUGUUGCAUCAGUGUUGAUGAAGCUAAAUCUAGGUAAUUCUGAGGAAAUUGGUAAGAAGAGUGUUUUUGUUUUUUUAAUGCAUUUAAAAAUUAGUUUAGGCAGAAGACAAUGACAUAGACAGCCAAAGGAUGCCCCUAUUAUAAAUGCAUCUCGGCAUCUUUUUUUUUUGUGUUCACCAUUCCAUGCAGGAAAAUAAACAGCUUGAUAUGCAA